AUGUCCUGCAUGGAAUGCUUAUUUCCAAGAGCUCGCGGAAGAUCCGCCGACGACGGUGGAUUGUAUAGCCCUACAGGACCGGCUGCAACAGACGAAGGGCACGGGGUCCGUAGCACCAAGCUCACAUGCAACAGCGACAUCUCAAGUGAGCUCGACCUUGGCUUCCAUCUUGACUCUAGCAUCAAGAUAAUAUCGAUCUGCUCGAAAAACUCCCUCGAUCCUCUACUGAUCACGCCCGACCUGAUGGGAAGAAUCAUGCAAACGCAUAAAGUCGAUCCAAGCUUCCUACAUAUCCUGCUGUCGUUCAACGAGCCUAUAUACACAUCGACAACAGGGGCAAGGAAUGCGAUCGUCUCGUCUCCGGAUGGAUCAGACUCUUACACGUCGUACCAGAUGUUCUACGUCGAAGCGAAGAACCGGGGUCGCCCUAAGCCUACUGUCUCUUUUCGACGGACAGGCGUCUAUCACCACCGCAGAGCCGGAAGAGACGUCUUCAUCCUGCUGCACCCAAACGAACAGAGCAAAUUCGACGUCCGAUUACAGGAUUUUAUCGGCGCACACCAAGCACAAAGUGCAACUCGUCUGUCGUCUUUCAUCGAAAACCCCUCGGUCCUGCACUCCAUCCUCUUUUCAACUUUUACGGAUAACUGGAGAUGGUACAUUUGCAAUCUGGGGGAGGAAUUUGAGCACAUAAAUGACUACGCGCUUACCAAAGUCCGGCCUGGCAUCUCCAUGGAUCCGGAUCGCAGCCUGGAGGAGAUCUCUCGGCUUCGCAACCUCGCCGACCUGGUGCAUCUCGUCCGGAUAUGCAGUAAAGGAAACCUCGAUAUCAUACAGCGGUUACAAGCAAGAUCCCCUCAGCCCGCCGCUGCGUACGACAUAUUCGAAGCGACAAUCACGGGAUGCAUCGCAAGCUGCGAGGGACUGAUCCCGCGGAUCCAGAACGCAACUGACAUGGUAUGCCCUCAUACCGGGUCGGCUCGAACUAUCAGUCACUCACCAAUAUACCAGGUUGGAUACGUUCUGAGUGCAUGCAAUCAGAUACAAACCGCCCAGACCCAGAAAUGGGCGGCCGAGAUGCAGACCAAAGCCGCCGAGACGGGCAGAGAGCUUCGUGACCUGACGGUGAAGCUGAAAGAUUUGCAGAAACAUACAGUCGACGAUAGCGCAGCUGUCAAGAUUAUCACCGUCAUGUCUGCUGUGUAUCUCCCCGGCUCAUUUGUCGUGAGUCUAUACGGAAUGAAUUUCUUCGAUUUCAACGAGGCGAACAAACAGAUAGUCAUCAGCAAUGAGUUCUGGAUCUUCGUUGCGACAUGGCUGCCUCUGACUUUCCUUACAAUGGCGGUCUACAUUCUCAUUGUUUAUUUUGACAAAUGGUGGAAAAGGGAGCCCUUCCGGAUCUUUAGUCGGCCACGGUCGAAGAACAUGAAGUAA